AUGCACAGCAAGCCCGGCGGCCGAGGCGGCGGCGGCGGCGGCCGCGGCCGCGGCCGCGGGCGCGGUCAGUACAGGGGUGCCGUCAGCACGUAUGACAAGCGCCAAGUCAUCCAGAAGGCGCGCAACCUGAAAGCCAAGAAGGUGAAUAAGUACCGCCGCACCCUCAAGCGCCUGGAGGCGGACGGGCGGCUGGCGGCGCCGCCAGCGCUGCGGGACGGCCUGGAUGACUUGGACGCGGCGGACCCCUUGGCAGACCUCAGCCACGGCGGCGGCGGCAGCGACGGCAGCGGCGGCAGCAGUGGGGGCGAGGAGGAGGGCGAGGGGGGAGCGCCUCGGCAGCAGCGGCAGAAGCAGCGAUGGCUGCCGCCGCCACCCACAGAGCCGGCAACUGACGCUGGCGCCCGCGGCCAGCAGGGCAAAUCGCAGCGGGGUCCUCGGCUAGGGGGCAGCGGUGAUGACGACGGGGCUGAGGCGGAGGGGCAGCAGCAUGAGGGGCACGGCAGGGGGCGGGGCAGGCGGCGGGGGGGCGCAACGGGGCCACCAUCGCAGCUGGAGCGGCUGGCGGCGAAACGGCGCGCCCAGUUGGAGGAGGAGCAGAAGGCAAAGGAGGAGCGGCUUGUUGCUGCGCAGCGGCGGAGGGAGGAGCUGGAGGCAAAGGAGCGCCAGCGCAAGGCGUCCAAGGCCAAGUUCUUCGCCAAGACGCGCCACGGGCAGCCCCAGAUGCGGCACCGCAUAGAGGGUAUCUUGGAGAAGCUGCAGGCGGAGGCCAAGCCGCCGGGACGCAGAUAA